UUGGUUCCUCGGCGCAGUCGGGCCGCCCCCCGCCCAUUCCCCGCCCACACCCGCAAUUACUUCUGCUGUUGCCUCUGCUCGCCGGCCGGAGACGCAGCCUCUGAGUUCCUGCGUGGCUUCUGUUGGGUCAGCGGCGUGAGGGACCCUCCGCGGCGUGUCAUCGGCGCCUUCUGGGCCCUGGUGCGCCCGCCCGGCCGGCCGGCAGCGCUCACGCCGGAGUCUCCCGGCUGGUCCGGGGUCCGGGCACCGCCUCAACGGCGGCUCCGCCGGACUCGCGGACCGGGCCGCAGCCCAUGCCCUGGGCGGACGGCGUCAUGAGGCACCUGCCGUAUUUCUGCCGGGGCCAAGUGGUGCGGGGCUUCGGCCGGGGCUCCAAGCAGCUGGGCAUCCCCACAGCUAACUUUCCUGAACAAGUAGUAGAUAAUCUCCCAGCUGAUGUAUCCACUGGCAUUUAUUAUGGGUGGGCCAGUGUUGGAAGUGGAGAUGUCCAUAAGAUGGUGGUGAGCAUAGGCUGGAACCCAUACUACAAGAAUACAAAAAAGUCCAUGGAAACUCAUAUCAUGCACACCUUUAAAGAAGACUUCUAUGGGGAAAUUCUCAAUGUGGCUAUUGUUGGCUACCUCAGACCAGAAAAGAACUUUGAUUCUUUAGAGUCACUUAUUUCAGCAAUUCAAGGUGAUAUUGAAGAAGCUAAGAAACGAUUAGAUCUACCAGAACACUUGAAACUCAAAGAAGACAGUUUCUUCCGGGUUCCUAAAGGCAAAAUAAUGAAUGGCCACUGAUGAAAUAUCAUCUUACUUAUUCAUUCACUGAUUUCUAAUAUUUCACUGUUUAUAACUGUCAGUGUCUCAUCUUAGUUGUAUUUUAAAAAUCCUUUUCCUUCCACUGUCAUUAGUUUCAGCAGUACAAUGUAGUUAGCAUAUUGUGCUUCACCUAUUAAAUUAAGCCCAUCAUGUAAUAGCACUACAAAGAUUCAUUUAAAAAUCAAGAUUUUUUUUUAUGUACUAUGUUGAUUAAAAUGUACCAUGGAAAAGGUAUUAAGUGUCUUAUGAUGGAAAUGUAGAUGAUACAAGUAUGGAUAAAAAGGCAAGCUACUAGUUUGAGAUUAGAACUGUAAUUUUCAUAGUAAAAUACCAGCAUGUGUGUACUUGUAUAGCAUAUACUGCUAAGCA